CCUGGAGCAUUCGUAAGCGUCACACUGCCAGAGUGAGAGCUGCUGGAGAACUCAUAAUCCCAGGAUCGCCUCUUCUACUCCCCGAGUACCCCAGUGACCAGAGUGAGAGAAGCUCUGAAUGAGGGCACGCGGCUUGAAGGACUGUGGGCAGAUGUGACCAGGAGCCUGCAUUAAGGUAGCUGAGUAAGCUUUACCCAGGAGCUCUCAGAACGGCGUUGCCAGAACCAGCAGUGCAUCCACUUCAACAAAUCACUUCUUUUAAUACUCUUUGGCAGAGAUCAAAUCUACAGGUUGUACAAUGGUAGAUGGAGUGAUGAUUCUUCCUGUGCUUAUCAUGAUUGCUCUCCCCUCCCCUAGUAUGGAAGAUGAGAAGCCCAAGGUCAACCCCAAACUCUACAUGUGUGUGUGUGAAGGUCUCUCCUGCGGUAAUGAGGACCACUGUGAAGGCCAGCAGUGCUUUUCCUCACUGAGCAUCAACGAUGGCUUCCACGUCUACCAGAAAGGCUGCUUCCAGGUUUAUGAGCAGGGAAAGAUGACCUGUAAGACCCCGCCGUCCCCUGGCCAAGCCGUGGAGUGCUGCCAAGGGGACUGGUGUAAUAGGAACAUCACGGCCCAGCUGCCCACUAAAGGAAAAUCCUUCCCUGGAACACAGAAUUUCCACUUGGAGGUUGGCCUCAUUAUUCUCUCUGUAGUGUUCGCAGUAUGUCUUUUAGCCUGCCUGCUGGGAGUUGCUCUCCGAAAAUUUAAAAGGCGCAACCAAGAACGCCUCAAUCCCCGAGACGUGGAGUAUGGUACUAUCGAAGGGCUCAUCACCACCAAUGUUGGAGACAGCACUUUAGCAGAUUUAUUGGAUCAUUCGUGUACAUCAGGAAGUGGCUCUGGUCUUCCUUUUCUGGUACAAAGAACAGUGGCUCGCCAGAUUACACUGUUGGAGUGUGUCGGGAAAGGCAGGUAUGGUGAGGUGUGGAGGGGCAGCUGGCAAGGGGAGAAUGUUGCCGUGAAGAUCUUCUCCUCCCGUGAUGAGAAGUCAUGGUUCAGGGAAACGGAAUUGUACAACACUGUGAUGCUGAGGCAUGAAAAUAUCUUAGGUUUCAUUGCUUCAGACAUGACAUCAAGACACUCCAGUACCCAGCUGUGGUUAAUUACACAUUAUCAUGAAAUGGGAUCAUUGUAUGACUAUCUUCAGCUUACUACUCUGGAUACAGUUAGCUGCCUUCGAAUAGUGCUGUCCAUAGCUAGUGGUCUUGCACAUUUGCACAUAGAGAUAUUUGGGACCCAAGGGAAACCAGCCAUUGCUCAUCGAGAUUUAAAGAGCAAAAAUAUUCUGGUUAAGAAGAAUGGACAGUGUUGCAUAGCAGAUUUGGGCCUGGCAGUCAUGCAUUCCCAGAGCACCAAUCAGCUUGAUGUGGGGAACAAUCCCCGUGUGGGCACCAAGCGCUACAUGGCCCCCGAAGUUCUAGAUGAAACCAUCCAGGUGGAUUGUUUCGAUUCUUAUAAAAGGGUCGAUAUUUGGGCCUUUGGACUUGUUUUGUGGGAAGUGGCCAGGCGGAUGGUGAGCAAUGGUAUAGUGGAGGAUUACAAGCCACCGUUCUAUGAUGUGGUUCCCAAUGACCCAAGUUUUGAAGAUAUGAGGAAGGUAGUCUGUGUGGAUCAACAAAGGCCAAACAUACCCAACAGAUGGUUCUCAGACCCGACAUUAACCUCUCUGGCCAAGCUAAUGAAAGAAUGCUGGUAUCAAAAUCCAUCCGCAAGACUCACAGCACUGCGUAUCAAAAAGACUUUGACCAAAAUUGAUAAUUCCCUUGACAAAUUGAAAACUGACUGUUGACAUUUUCAUAGUGUCAAGAAGGAAGAUUUGACGUUGUUGUCAUUGUCCAGCUGGGACCUAAUGCUGGCCUGACUGGUUGUCAGAACAGAAUCCAUCUGUCUCCCUCCCCAAAUGGCUGCUUUGACAAGGCAGACCAUCGUACCCAGCCAUGUGUUGGGGAGACAUCAAAACCACCCUAACCUCGCUCGAUGACUGUGAACUGGGCAUUUCACGAACUGUUCACACUGCAGAGACUAAUGUUGGACAGACACUGUUGCAAAGGUAGGGACUGGAGGAACACAGAGAAAUCCUAAAAGAGAUCUGGGCAUUAAGACAGUGGCUUUGCAUAGCUUUCACAAGUCUCCUAGACACUCCCCACGGGAAACUCAAGGAGGUGGUGAAUUUUUAAUCAGCAAUAUUGCCUGUGCUUCUCUUCUUUAUUGCACUAGGAAUUCUUUGCAUUCCUUACUUGCACUGUUACUCUUAAUUUUAAAGACCCAACUUGCCAAAAUGUUGGCUGCGUACUCCACUGGUCUGUCUUUGGAUAAUAGGAAUUCAAUUUGGCAAAACAAAAUGUAAUGUCAGACUUUGCUGCAUUUUACACAUGUGCUGAUGUUUACAACGAUGCCGAACAUUAGGAAUUGUUUAUACACAACUUUGCAAAUUAUUUAUUACUUGUGCACUUGGUAGUUUUUACAAAACUGCUUCGUGCAUAUGUUAAAGCUUAUUUUUAUGUGGUCUUAUGAUUUUAUUACAGAAAUGUUUUUAACACUAUACUCUAAAAUGGACAUUUUCUUUUAUUAUCAGUUAAAUUCACAUUUUAAGUGCUUCACAUUUGUAUGUGUGUAGACUGUAACUUUUUUUCAGUUCAUAUGCAGAACGUAUUUAGCCAUUACCCACGUGACACCACCGAAUAUAUUACUGAUUUAGAAGCAAAGAUUUCAGUAGAAUUUUAGUCCUGAACACUACGGGGAAAAUGCAUUUUCUUCAGAAUUAUCCAUUAUGUGCAUUUAAACUCUGCCAGAAAAAAAUAACUAUUUUGUUUUAAUCUACUUUUUGUAUUUAGUAGUUAUUUGUAUAAAUUAAAUAAACUGUUUUCAAGUCAAA